AGCCGCGCAGAAUCACACCGUGCGAUUAACGCGUCCGCCAUGCAUCAGGCGCCACCGGCGACCGAGGAAUAACACCCGACACCGACCGAAACGCGCAGAAACCACGCACAAUACCGGGACGAGCGAUUUCCGCAGUGCGUUACCGCGUUCUGACGGCCAGCAUCGUUUGUGUACCGGCAGAAACAGAGAGAGAGAGACAGCGCGAUCGACAAAUUGAAGAGGAUGGAGUGGCAGCCGGAUGAACAGGGAUUACAGCAGGUGCUACAGCUUCUCAAAGACUCCCAGUCUCCAGAUACGGCCACACAGAGAGCCGUUCAGGAGAAACUGGAGCAGCUGAAUCAAUAUCCUGACUUCAACAAUUAUCUCAUCUUUGUUCUCACCAGCCUCAAAUCAGAAGAUGAGCCCACUCGAUCUCUGAGCGGUCUGAUCCUAAAGAACAAUGUGAAGGCUCAUUACCAGAACUUUCCUCCCCCUGUGGCCGACUUCAUCAAGAGGGAGUGUCUCAACAACAUCGGAGACCCGUCCCCUCUCAUUCGCGCCACCAUUGGUAUUCUCAUCACUACUAUCGCCUCUAAAGGGGAGCUGCAAACGUGGCCAGAACUGCUGCCGCAACUCUGCAAUCUCCUGAACUCAGAGGAUUACAACACCUGCGAGGGGUCAUUCGGCGCGCUGCAGAAGAUCUGUGAGGAUUCGUCUGAGCUGUUGGACAGCGAUGCUUUGAAUCGACCUCUCAACAUCAUGAUUCCUAAAUUCCUGCAGUUCUUUAAACACUGCAGCCCAAAAAUCAGGUCUCAUGCUAUAGCGUGCGUGAAUCAGUUCAUUAUCGGCAGAGCUCAGGCUCUGAUGGACAACAUCGACACAUUCAUAGAGUCUCUGUUUGCACUGGCUGGUGACGAAGACUGUGAAGUGAGGAAGAAUGUGUGCCGAGCAUUGGUUAUGCUGCUGGAGGUCCGAAUUGACCGCCUGAUACCCCAUAUGCACAGCAUCAUACAGUACAUGUUGCAACGCACACAGGACGCAGAUGAGAACGUGGCGCUGGAGGCUUGUGAGUUCUGGUUAACUCUUGCUGAACAGCCCAUCUGUAAGGAGGCUCUGUCCGGUCACCUGGUCCAACUCAUUCCCAUCCUGGUGAACGGAAUGAAGUACUCAGAGAUUGACAUCAUCUUGUUGAAGGGUGACGUGGAGGAGGAUGACAAUGUUCCCGACAGCGAGCAGGACAUCAAGCCUCGCUUCCACAAAUCCCGUACCGUCACCCUGCAGCACGAGGGAGGAGAGGGUGAGGAGGGAGAAGAUAUCGAUGAAGAUGAGGAUGAUGAUGACGACACCCUGUCAGACUGGAACCUGCGUAAAUGUUCUGCGGCUGCGCUGGACGUGCUGGCUAACGUGUUUCGGGACGAUUUGUUGCCGCACCUGCUGCCACUUUUGAAGGGUCUGCUGUUCCAUCCGGACUGGGUCAUUAAAGAAUCGGGAAUACUGGUGCUGGGAGCCAUCGCUGAAGGCUGCAUGCAGGGCAUGGUGCCGUACUUGCCUGAACUCAUCCCACACCUGAUCCAGUGUCUGUGCGAUAAGAAGGCUCUCGUGCGCUCCAUCGCCUGCUGGACUCUCAGCCGCUACGCACACUGGGUGGUGAGCCAGCCGCCGGACGCCCAUCUUAAACCACUCAUGACAGAAUUGCUCAAACGCAUCUUAGAUGGCAACAAGCGGGUGCAGGAGGCGGCCUGCAGUGCGUUCGCAACACUGGAGGAAGAGGCUUGCACGGAGCUGGUGCCGUACCUCAGUUUCAUUUUGGACACUUUGGUGUUUGCAUUUGGGAAAUAUCAGCACAAGAACCUACUCAUCCUAUAUGACGCCAUCGGCACGCUGGCAGAUUCAGUCGGACAUCACCUGAACCAACCGGAAUAUAUUCAGAAACUGAUGCCGCCUCUCAUUCAAAAAUGGAACGAACUAAAAGAUGAAGACAAAGAUCUUUUUCCUUUGCUGGAGUGUUUGUCAUCUGUGGCUACAGCAUUACAAAGCGGUUUCCUACCAUACUGUGAGCCGGUCUAUCAGCGCUGCGUUACCCUGGUCCAGAAAACACUCGCACAAGCCAUGAUGUACAGUCAGCAGCCAGAUCAGUAUGAAGCUCCAGAUAAGGAUUUUAUGAUCGUCGCACUAGAUCUGCUCAGCGGGCUGGCCGAGGGUCUCGGUGGUCAUGUGGACCAGUUGGUCGCACGAAGCAACAUCAUGACCCUUCUCUUCCAGUGUAUGCAGGACACAAUGCCGGAGGUGAGACAGAGCUCAUUUGCUCUGCUGGGUGACCUGACCAAGGCCUGUUUUCCACACGUCAAGCCAUGCAUUGCUGAGUUCAUGCCCAUCCUGGGGACGAAUCUGAACCCCGAGUUCAUCUCUGUGUGUAAUAAUGCAACCUGGGCCAUCGGAGAGAUCUGCAUGCAGAUGGGUGUGGAGAUGCAGCCAUAUGUGUCCCUAGUUCUUCCUCACCUGGUGGAGAUCAUAAACAGACCCAACACUCCCAAAACACUACUGGAGAAUACAGCAAUCACAAUUGGUCGCCUAGGCUAUGUUUGUCCACAGGAAGUUGCUCCUAUGUUGCAACAGUUCAUCAGGCCCUGGUGCACAUCGUUAAGGAACAUCAGAGAUAAUGAAGAGAAAGACUCCGCCUUUAGAGGCAUCUGCGUGAUGAUUGGUGUAAAUCCUGGGGGUGUGGUCCAGGAUUUUAUCUUCUUCUGUGAUGCGGUGGCCUCCUGGGUCAGCCCUAAAGAUGACCUGAGGGACAUGUUUUACAAGAUCUUGCAUGGUUUUAAGGACCAGGUUGGUGAGGAGAACUGGCAGCAGUUCUCAGAACAGUUCCCACCCAUCCUGAAGGAACGCCUCUCUGCAUGCUAUGGCGUGUAGCCCCGCCCCUCUGCUUCACACACAGCACACGCUGUCAGUUGAACCUUUAGGAGGGGGGUACUCAUCCAUCUGUGUAUUGCACUGCCCUGAUCGUGGGGGAGAGGGACGCGAUUGGCCGCUCCGCCUGACGGACAGAUCCCACGCCCUUUGUGUGUCCAUGAGGGUGGG